AUGUCGGGCCGCACAGUGCCACAUGCCCACCCAGCCACGGCAGAGUAUGAAUUUGCCAACCCCAGCCGCCUGGGUGAGCAGCGCUUCGGAGAAGGCCUCCUGCCAGAAGAGAUCCUGACCCCCACCCUCUACCAUGGCUACUAUGUCCGGCCUCGGGCCUCCAGAGCUGGGGAGGGCAGUAGGGCAGGGGCUUCAGAGCUCAGGCUCAGCGAAGGCAAGUUCCAGGCAUUUCUGGAUGUGAGCCACUUUACCCCAGACGAGGUGACCGUGAGAACUGUGGACAACCUGCUGGAGGUGUCGGCCCGGCACCCCCAGCGUCUGGACCGCCAUGGCUUCGUGUCCCGAGAGUUCUGUCGCACCUAUGUCCUGCCAGCAGAUGUAGACCCCUGGCGGGUCCGAGCUGCCCUCUCCCAUGAUGGUAUCCUUAACUUAGAGGCGCCUCGGGGUGGCCGGCAUUUGGACACGGAAGUCAAUGAGGUCUACAUCUCCCUGCUCCCUGCGCCUCCUGACCCAGAGGAAGAGGAAGAGGUAGCCAGAGUUGAGUCCUGACUGCCCGCGGUAGACCCAGCACCCAGUGAAUCCCCUGUCUACAUCCCACGGUGAUUCCAGAAGUCCACCACCCCAGAGGUAGCAGCGUCCUCAGGGGGGGAAAGGAUAGAUGCCUGGUCCACAGUGUAUGGUUUGGUCCCUUGAUGUA